GCCCAAGGUCUUAGUCUGCAUAAGCAAAUUUCUAAGACUUCUGCCUAGAAAAUUGAAAGACUAUCAUGUGUCUGGAGGCUCCCUUGCCAAGAUGCCAGGACAGAUUCCAUAUGUCACUGCUUACAAAGGUGGAAUUGAAGAGCAGGAUACAGCCCAGCUGCGGUGUUGGACACAACAAGAGGAUUAAUUGGAAUUCUUCAAAAUGUCAGGGAAUACAAGAAGACAUGUCUCGCGUUGCAACAAGAGGACAAGAUAGCAUCAUGGAAAGUGUCAUCCCCACAGCCCCUGAGCACCCUGCAGAUGAGAAGACUCCUGAUCAAAGGCCUGAUGCACCUCCUGACUACAAUUCCCAUUUUGUACCAGGACCCCCCGGACCAGCUGUCCCUCCGCCUGCAGGCUAUGCAGGAGGCUCGCCUGUGGGAUACAACAGCCUGCAGCAGCCCAGUACCUUCUUCCUGUACCGGCCAGCUGUUGGGGCCCAUCCUAUCCAGUUCCAGCCUGGCAAAUACCAUAUGCCCAGUCAGCCUGUCCCAGUAACUUGGAUGCCAGGGCCUCCUCCUACACCCAACUGCCCUCCUGGUCUGGAAUACUUAACCCAGCUGGACACCAUACACGUCCUUCAGCAUUUUGAGCCUCUGGAAAUGAUCACAUCUUUUGAAACUAAUAAUGGAUAUGAAGUUAAAAACAACCUGGACCAGAUGGUUUAUGUGGUAAAUGAAGACACAGACGACUUUACCAGAAAUGCUUAUCGGACACUAAGGCCCUUCGUCCUCCGAGUCACUGACUGUACGGGCCGGGAAGUCAUGACCAUGCAGAGGCCUUUCAGAUGCACCUGCUGUUGCUUCUGUUGUCCCUCCACCCGGCAAGAGCUCGCGGUGCAGUGUCCUCCUGGUGUCCCCAUUGGCUUUGUUGCAGAACACUGGAACCUGUGCAGGGCGGUGUACAGCAUCCAGAAUGAGAAGAAAGAAAAUGUGAUGCGAGUACGUGGGCCAUGUUCAACCUAUGGCUGUGGUUCAGAUUCUGUCUUCGAGGUCACAUCCCUGGAUGGCGUAUCCAACAUUGGCAGUAUUAUUAGGAAGUGGAACGGUCUGUUAUCAGCAAUGGGCGAUGCUGACCAGUUUGAAAUUCACUUCCCAUUAGACAUGGAUGUGAAGAUGAAAGCCAUGAUUUUUGGAGCCUGCUUCCUCAUUGACUUCAUGUAUUUUGAAAGAUCACCACGACGUUCAUCAAGAUAGAUGGACACAGCAGAUCAGCAAUUAUGGUUAACUAAAAAAAAUUUAGAAAAGUUGGAGAGGGCUUACAAUCCCCAAAAUUAUUUACAAAUAUGUGUAUCUGUUUUGCAGACUAUUUUUACUGGGUAUUCACUCUGACAGGUAGGCUAAGAGUGUUAGGACAAGAACACAAUCUAAACAUGUGCUUCAAUUGAUUAUCUGUCUGUCUACUUGGUGGACUAGGAGGUCACCUUGAAAAAGCUAUGAGUCAUUAACCAAGUAAAUAUAAUACAAUGAGCUUGAAAACACUUUACAAUGAGAUAAGGGAAAAUGAAUCCCAGGGCUCUCGUGUUAAUAAGCCAUGAAAUGGUGAGCUUUUUAGAGCAGUCUUUGAGAUAGACUUUAAUCUAUCUUUGAGAUAGAUAGCUUCUCUCCCCAGCCCUCUCCUACCUCUCCUCUCCAUCAGCUUGUCUUGUUACCGAAGACAUAUUUGAUUCCAGGUGAAAACAAUGAUACUCUUGAUCUUUAAAAACAAAAAGGAAGGCAGGCAGAAAUACUAUGUGUUAUUGUUAUUGUACACGUGCAUAUGUAUCAAAACAUUGUUUCGCGAGUUUAGAAGUUUCAAUGGGUAUUUCAAUUUUAUUACCAAAUAAAAGAUGUUUUUUUUAUCAUAAGGUUUGUAUUUUCCACACCUAUUCCCUCAUUCACUAGUGUGGUCUAUCAGGACCUGCCUGGACAUGGAGUCACAGUCAGACCGUCAGACAAGGGCCCUAGCCAGUCUAGAUCUCUGAGCAACUCAGAGACAUCAGUGCCCUUACAAGGAGCUUUCAUUUAAUUCAUUUAAUCUCUCUUGGUCACAGACUCCUUAUAUAUAAAAUAUGUCUGGCCCAAUCUCUAAGAUUGCCUUUUGAACCUUUGUAUCUCAUUGGAUGUGACACAGAGGAGAUAAUUUUUCGCUUUUUUUCACGAUCACUGAUAAUUACCACAUUUUUUCUAAUUGCAAAAGUUGAAGUUGUGUUUCUAAAUUUUGAAUGUGACAUUGUGUAGCACUUUGUAAAAGCAAAACUACAAAUUUUGACAUUGUUUAAUAUUUUUAGCUGCUUUUUUAUUUAAAUGAUAGAUACAAAGUACAAAGAAAAUAAUAAAACUUCUCUGUGAGCUAUAGCUUAACAGUAAAAUUAUGUAGUAAACUAUGUUUAUAGUUAAAGUAUAAAUGUACUUGUUGGUAUUAGUUAAGAGCACAGUGUUUUGGUGAAUAGACACUGAUGAAUCAACCUGUGUCUUUUAUACUCUACCUUCCUAUCUGGACAUGGACUGUGUUUUUUCAUCAUAGCCAGUAUGUAGAAUGAAAUGUAUUCUUCUUGAUAAAUAAAGCAAGACUGAGUGUU